AUGGUUCUAACAGCUGCAGUAAGGUAUAGAAGCAGCAUUUUGCACAGAACUAUCUGGCUACAGCUUCUCUUCAGCCUACCGGCGUUCAAUUUCCUUUGUGAAGCUUGCAAGAAAGUGACGUUUCAUGUCCCUCAUAAACUAGAUGCGGGGAUGUUUGUUGGCAGAGUAAACAUGAAACGGUGUUUUAAGCAUUCUGGAAUUAUUAGCUCAAGCAAUCCAAACUUUACAAUUCUAGAAGAUGGUUCAUUGUAUACAACAAAUGAUAUUUCCUUGUCUUCUCAUGAAAACAACAUUACCAUAUUCUUUAAAGACAUUCAUGAACAAAAGAAGAUAUAUGUUAGUUUGCUAACAUAUCCAGAAAAGACCCAAAGAACUAAGGCAAGACAUGUACGAGACACUGCUCUAAGACGAACUAAACGAAGAUGGGUUCCUGUCCCAACUAUUAUAAUGGAAAAUUCAUUAGGGCCUUUUCCAAUGCAAAUUCAACAGUUGACUUCUGACAUGGCUCUAAAAUACAACAUUAGAUAUUCCAUAAGUGGCCAUGGUGCUGACAAACCCCCAUUAAAUUACUUUUACAUUGAGAAUGAAACAGGAAAUCUCUUUGUUACCAGCCCAAUAGAUCGGGAAGUGUACCCAGAAUUUCAGCUGAUUUGCUAUGCAGCAACGUUAGAUGGCUAUAUACCAGAGAUACCACUUGUGCAUAAGAUCAAAAUAGAGGAUGAUAAUGAUAAUGCUCCCAUAUUUGACCGUGAUGUUUAUACUUUUCACAUCCUUGAAAAUAGUAGAAUUGGGACACUAGUUGGACAAGUGAUUGCAAUAGACGAAGAUGAGCCACACACGUUGCAUACUAAAGUGAAAUAUAAAUUUGUGUCCCACAAUCGUCAGAGUUAUCAGAAUUCUCAGGCAUUUGUUGUACAUCCCGAUACAGGUUCUAUUACUGUGGCAUCAUCAGAACUGGACAGAGAGACAAUAUCAGAGUAUAAACUAACAAUGGAAGCAAGAGACAUGGGAGGCCAGGAAUUUGGUUUGUGCUCCAUAGCAGAAGUGGUUAUUGAGAUUUGUGAUGUAAAUGACAAUGCUCCACAAUUAGUACAAACUGUGUAUGAAGUGCACUUAUCUGAAAAUACAAUAAAAGGAGAAAUAUUGUGCAUCCCUGUGAUAGAUGAUGAUGAACCCGGAACAACUUCAUGGUUGGCUACAUUCACUAUUAUAAAAGGAAAUGAAGAUAAUAGUUUUUCUAUUACCGUUGAUCAGGAGACAAAUGUUGGGUGUUUAGCUGCUUUAAAGGGACUGGAUUAUGAAAAUACCAAGGAGAGAAGAUUAGAAAUUGUUGUAAAUAAUGAAGCACCUUAUGCACCUUAUUCAAGACCCCUUCUAACAAGUAUGAUCACUGUUGUGAUCAGAAUUAGGGAUCAGGAUGAGGGACCAGUAUUUGAGCCUUCUGAAUAUAUUUUAAACAUAAAGGAAUGUUUGCCAGGCGGAACAGUGGUUGGUAGUUACCAAGCAAGGGACCCAGAAACUGGAAAUAGUGGAGGCCUAAGUUACAGAAUAAUAAAUGACCCAUGCAGUUGGAUCACUAUUGAUCACAUGGGACAGCUGAGAACCACUAAAAUUUUAGACAGAGAUGUACCAAACAUGAAACACGCUCGGUGCAAUGUAACAAUCUGUGCAACUGAUCAAAGUGGUAAAACAGGUACUGGGGAAAUUGUGAUAAAACUGAUGGAUGAGAAUGACAAUUACCCAGUGGUUACUAGACAAAAGUAUGUCAUGUGUAUGGACAAAAAACCAAUUUGUAUUACGGCCUUUGAUGCUGAUCUGCCUCCCUACACAAUACCUUUCCAUUUUGAAAUAGAGAAGCCGAUGGACUUAAUGUGGAGGAUAACACCAUCUGAAGAUGAAUCAGCAUUGCUUUCACUAGUGGAAGAUAUAGACUAUGGCUCUUAUGAAAUUCAUGUUAAGAUAUCUGAUAACGUGGGUCACAGUGGAACAAGUGAAAUUACAGUUCAGUAUUGUAAUUGUGUAGUUCCAAGUGAUUGUUUUGAACCCAGCGCAGACAUCCCUAUGGAUCCUAUUCCUUUAGAUAUCCCUGAAGAUCAGAGACCAUAUGAAGAGAUGUCUAAUAGUGAUUUUGGUCCCUGGGGCAUUCUUGCAACUGUACUGGGAUCACUGUUACUGCUAUUAGGCCUGGGUAUACCUUUAGGCUUUUGGCUCCAUAGCAAAGUUCCCAUGGCUCAAGAAGUGUGUGACAAUUUAGCUUUCCAGAACUUAAUUAAAUCAAACACUGAGGCACCAGGUGAAGAAUUGACGGAUCUUCCCGUCAAAACAAUGAAUGCAUCUAUGAGCAUGAGUACAACUGGAGAAAAAACUGGGAGGCAAGAAGGUUUGGAAGUGGUAAAUGAAGAACACCACACAGCAGAAUUAAUGAAUGGGGGAGGAAAUCAUGUGGCAGGAUCUUUAUUGGAUUUUGAACAGCCCCUACGGUAUUCCUACAGAGAUUUCUGUUCAGAAUGGCAGAACUUCACCAAUCCUCACUUAACUGAAAUGGUAUUUCUGUGUGGACAGGAUGAAGAACAUAAACAUGCCGGAGAAUAUGUACUUUCAUUUAAAUAUGAAGGAAAAGAAUCACCAGUUGGUUCUCUAAGCUCCUGUACUGGCCAGUCAGAUGAAGAAGAACUUGAUUUUUUAAAUCACCCAGAGCCCCCUUUUAGGACAUUAGUUGAAGCCUUUGCAAAGGAAUAGAUGUGUUUCCACACACUGAUCCUGAAACCCAUGAGUACAAUCCACUGGUACAUUCUCCUGUGCCAGCUCCAUUGAAAUGAAUGGAUGUUUUUGUGUAGAUUUAAUUCAUUUUGAUAGGAUUGGAGGAACAAACAUUAUUGUAGUUUGUGCUCAUUCAAUAU